AUGAUCGUGUUUUUUACGAGUCAGCAUCUGAUCGUUCUCCCGGGCCAUGGCUACAUUACGUACUCUCCCCCGUGGUUAGUCCGCACCGCAACGACCUCACAUCAGAAGCGAAAACUUAGAACCAGCAUCCCCAGCCGCCGCGUCCUCUUCAUCCUCCUCCCCAGCAUCCCUCCUUCUCAGCAUCCUCCUCCCCAGCAUCCCAGCCGCCGCGUCCUCUCAGCUCCUCCUCCCCAGCAUCCCCAGCCUCCUCAGCAGCAUCCCCAGCCGCCCGUCCUCUCAGCAUCCUCCUCCCAGCAUCCCCAGCAGCAUCCUCCUCCCAGCAUCCCCAGCCGCCGCGUCCUUCUCCCAUCCUCCUCCCCAGCAUCCCCAGCCGCCGCGUCCUCUCAGCAUCCUCCUCCCCAGCAUCCCCAGCGCCUCGUCCUCUCAGCAUCCUCCUCCCCAGCAUCCCCAGCCGCCUCGUCCUCUCAGCAUCCUCCUCCCCAGCAUCCCCAGCCGCCGCGUCCUCUCAGCAUCCUCCUCCCAGCAUCCCAGCCUCUCCUCUCAGCAUCUCCUCCCAGCAUCCCCAGCCUCCCUCAGCCUCCUCUCCAGCAUCCCCAGCCGCCAGCAUCCCAGCGCCACGUCCUCUCAGCCUCCUCCUCCCAGCAUCCCCAGCCUCCUCCCCAGCAUCCUCCAGCCCUCCCAGCCUCCUCCUCUCCCAGCAUCCCUUGCAUCACUCUGCCUGCCUCUCCCGAAGCGAUUCUCCUCCUCAGAACGGCGGGUUUUUACUCUCGCUACCCCCAUUAUGCCCCAACUUCGCACCUUAAUCAAUUUGAUUCAUUACCAAACAAUGCUUCAUUAACAACUUCCAAGAAAAAGACAGGUAUUCGGAUCCUGUCGAGUUCACGUCAGAAAAAAGGCGGAGAAUUGGACAUCAUGCAGCGGAGAACAAGGAGCGAUUCUCCGGCGACCAUAUCUCCCCAAGAUCUACUUAAGGAAGUCUUGGCGAGUCACGACCCAGACCAGGUCAGUGCUCCCUCGUUCGACCUAGGGAGUCUACUACACUCUACCAGCAUCUCUGGAGUCUCGGUUGUACUCUAG